CACCCCUUCUCACCCACCUUUUUCCAACUUGAAAGAGGAAAUGAAAAUGGCAAGUCUUGCUCUUUCUUUACUUCUCCUCUCUUCUCUUCUAUCUCUUCUUGUCCUAGCUUCUUCCUCACCAGUUCAAGACCCUGAUCUUGUUGUACAAGAAGUACACAGUCGCAUCAAUGCAUCGAGGAGGAACCUAGCUUACCUCUCCUGCGGAACCGGCAACCCAAUUGAUGACUGCUGGCGGUGCGACCCCAAUUGGGAGCAGAACCGGCAGCGGUUAGCCGAUUGCGCCAUUGGGUUCGGCAAAAACGCAAUUGGCGGCCGAAACGGAAAAAUCUACGUAGUCACCGACUCAGCCGACGACAAUCCAGUAAACCCAAAACCCGGAACUCUCCGCCACGCCGUAAUUCAAAACGAACCCUUAUGGAUCAUCUUCCAGCGAGACAUGGUCAUCAAACUCAGUCAAGAACUCGUCAUGAACUCGUUCAAAACAAUCGACGGUCGAGGAGCGAGCGUCCACAUCGCCAACGGACCCUGCAUUACCGUCCAUUAUGUCACCAACAUAAUCAUACAUGGAAUCAACAUUCAUGAUUGCAAGCAGGCAGGGAAUGCUAACAUACGUGACUCCCCACAGCAUUCUGGGUGGUGGACCGUAUCAGACGGUGAUGGAGUUUCCAUAUUCGGGUCGAGUCAUAUUUGGGUUGAUCAUUGUUCGUUGUCCAACUGUCAUGAUGGAUUGAUUGAUGCGAUUCAUGGAUCAACGGCUAUAACGAUCUCGAACAAUUAUAUGACGCAUCAUGAUAAGGUGAUGCUGUUGGGGCACAGUGAUUCGUACACACAGGAUAAGGAUAUGCAGGUUACCGUAGCCUUUAAUCAUUUUGGUGAGGGGCUCGUGCAAAGGAUGCCUAGGUGUAGAUUUGGAUACUUUCAUGUGGUGAACAAUGACUACACUCACUGGGAAAUGUAUGCCAUUGGUGGUAGUGCAGCCCCUACAAUCAACAGCCAAGGCAACAGAUUCCUUGCACCCGAUGACAGAACCAAGAAAGAGGUGACAAAAUAUGAGAAUACACCGGAGAGUGAAUAUAAGAACUGGAACUGGAGGUCGGAAGGAGACCUAAUGUUGAACGGAGCAUUUUUCAGGCAAUCGGGGGCAGGUGCAUCUUCCUCAUAUGCUAGGGCAUCGAGUUUGAGUGCUAGACCAUCUUCAUUUGUGGGUGCGAUGACCACCACUGCUGGUGCACUCAAUUGCAAGAGAGGCUCUAGCUGUUAACCAAAUAUGAUAUGUUAAUGGACAACAACCCUAGCUAAUUAAAAUAAAUUAUAAAAAAAAAAAAUUAGUAAGAGAAUGGUGUGAGAUGCUUUCUGCUUCCCGCCAGUGUGUUUGCUUUUAAACACUAUGUCAGAGUGUUGACAAUGUUCUCUGGGCUAAUGAAAAUAGAAGUUCAGAUUUUG